GUUUUCUUUUCGGAACUAAUUCAGUACAGUGAGUGCAUCGGAGAAUUAUCAUUGCGAACCUACUUUUCUGCCAAAUCACAUAAUAACUCACAUUUUUGUUAAUCUACGCCAUUAUUAUUCAAGGUAUCAAAGACGACCCUGAAGCUAUAUAAACUUCAUAAGUUCUUUCCGUGCAACCUUUCGAAUAUGGCCUCUUUAAGCUGCGGUUAUAAGUGUCUGCAGAUUCUUUUAGUGAUAUUUAAUAUCCUUGUUUUUGCAUGUGGAAUUGCUUUGAUAGUGAUUGGGAGUCUCUCUCAAGUUGCUAUUAAUAACUACUCUUCUGGGAUCGAUUCAAGCAUCAAAGGUCUCGUAAUCUUCGUGAUAGUACUCGGAUGCUUCCUAUUUUUGCUUGGAUUUCUCGGAUUUUGUGGGGCAUGUACCAAAAAUACUUGUUGUCUAAUCUUGUACGCAAUUCUUCUUUCAAUCAUGGUCGCGGCUGAAAUAGCGGCAGGAAUAACGGCUGCUGUGCUGAGAGACGAAGUAAAAUCUCAGUUCCUAUCUUUGGUUAAAAGCUCCGUCAAUGAAUAUAGCAAGAAUCCGGACUUUAAGAAUUUCUUAGACAAGAUACAACAAGAGUUUCAAUGUUGCGGCUCUGAAUCGUCAAGUGAUUACACAUCAUCUGGACAAACCGUCCCUGACUCAUGUAAAGAUACAAAAACUAAGGCUAUAUACUCAGAUGGCUGUUCAUACAAAGUAAUCUCCUUCUUUGAAAAGUAUAUUGUCGCCGUUUUAGUAGCGGCAUUUGUAUUCGCUAUCCUUCAGUUAUUGUGUAUUGUUUUCGCUAUCUGUGUUAUACGAGCUAUCAAAUCUGGCGAUUCUGACUGA